AUGAACUUAUCUAAACCUUCUUCUUCUUCUUCCGCUGUGGACGCCCCUGGCUUACUUUAUGCUGGGUUUAAUCAAGACUUUGGUUGUUUCGCAGUUGGGUUGGAUAGUGGGUUCAGAAUUUAUAAUUGUGAUCCUCUAAAAGAAAAAAUGCGAAAGGAUUUUGACGACGGUGGAAUAUCGAUCGUCGAAAUGUUGUUUCGUUGUAAUUAUCUUGCACUAGUGGGCGGAGGAAAAAAUCCAAAAUACGCACCAAACAAAGUGAUUAUAUGGGAUGAUUUGAAAGGCAAAGGAAUUGCGGAAUUGGAAUUUCGAACCGAAGUGAAGAAUGUUAAGUUGAGAAGGGACAGGAUCGUUGUUAUCCUUUCCAACAAAGUUUUUGUGUAUGUCUUCAGUGCUAAUCCGCAGAAAUUACACACUUUUGAAACGAUUGAUAACGAUAAAGGUUUGGUCGCUCUUUCGUCAUCACCAAAUCAUGCUAUAUUGGCGUUUCCCGGUCGACAAAAGGGUCAUAUUCAAAUCGUAGACCUCAAUACCUUCCAUGCAACUACGGCAGUUACAAGUAAUAAUUCUAACACCCUACCUACACACUCAUCAUCGACCACUUCUUCAUUUCCACAUCAUAGAAAUUCUUUUUCAUCAAGUCAUAAUGAUGCUGCACAAUUUCCAAUCAUGGAUAGGAGACCAAGUGUAUCAAAUUCCGCAAAGAUAAAAAAUUCCAAUUCAAUAAAUUCAAGUGGGAGUACAACGGUGAUGACGGCAAAUGUCAGUAUCAUUCCCGCACAUAGUGGAAGGUUGAGUUGUUUAUCUUUGAACUCUGAUGGAAGUAAAUGCGCUAGUGCCAGCGAAAAGGGUACACUAAUAAGAGUUUUUGACACUUCAUCUGGUAAAUUAUUAAAUGAGCUACGAAGAGGCGUUGAUCGAGCGGAAAUAUAUAGUAUCGCGUUUAACCAAGAUUCUACGCGUCUUUGUGUAUCUUCUGACAAAGGAACAGUACAUAUCUUUAAUUUGGACGCAAUUUGGGGAAAUGGCGUAAGCCAAUCUCCCAAUAAUGGAGCACCGUAUUAUGGAGAAAUCAUCAACAAUCCGAAAACGUCACCAUCACCAAGUGGAAACCGACAAUCGAGCCUUUCAUUUAUGAAAGAUAUACUUCCAAAAUAUUUUUCAUCGGAAUGGUCUUUUGCGCAUUUUAAAGUUAUGGCAGAUUGUCGAUGCAUUUGUGGAUUUGGUCAAGAAAAAAACUCUGUGAUCGGUUAG